AUGGAAGGAACAAUUCUCCGGGGGCGAAAGAGCGGGCGACAUCAAAGGGCCACCGGCAAGGAUGAAGAAGGACGAGAGGGACUGAGGGCGAAGCAGGCAGGCUGGCCGGAGCAGCAGCCGGAGAAGCAGCCGGAGAUGACUGCAGACAGGAGGGAAAAUAUGACACAGGUCGACAGCCCUGGCGACGGUGGUGGUGGUGGUGCUGCUGCUAAUGAUGAUGAUGACGAUGAUGCUGAUGAUGUAACAAACAGAACAGGGAAGGAUGGGGGAGAGGACGUUGGGUUCUGGGCUGGCUUGCAGGGAGAGGGCAGGGCCGGCUAA